AUGCUCGGAAACUCAUCCACGUCAUGGCGAUACAUGUGGAUCUUCCCGCUUGGUCUACAACUUACAGCGAACGCAAUAAUUGCCGCCAUCAUCAAGAACACGUCAGGUUUCUACGCCGACUUUGCAGUGUGGGAGCUUGUACUCUUCUUCGCCGCUCGACCUCGGCUCUCCUGGAUUGUGCUCGGUGCAUUUUCCGUCAUAUCCAGCGGAUCUUCUUCGCGUACCAAUGGAAGAUUUUUUCCCUGGUGGUCCUCCUUCAUGUCCCAUCUCAUCGCGGAAUUCAUUCUACAGCUUAUCGCGCUAUAUAUUAUGGGUCGCACAGCACAUUUUGCCGCGGGUCGUGGCUAUUAUCUCGUCCAUACCGACUUACAUCGCUCACUGCCUCCAGGCGCACAUAUGAUGUAUUCGGGCGCACUAUACUACCUCAUCGUCGGCUCGUUUUCGUGGCUCUUAGCUAUCGGUUUGAUCAUUGUCGCCGCCGGCCGAUUCGACAUCGGAAAACCCAAAGUGGGAACGGCAUAUGUGAUGUUGGCUAUAACAAUUUGUCUUACCUCAGUAUGGUUAGCCAGCUGGAUAUUUUGGCUGUCCAAGGAGGAGGAGGGAGAGACUGGACCCGAUACAGAGGUGACCAAGGAGGAUCAAGACAAAAUCAACUCUUUCAGUCGACUACAUAAUCGGGAACGGGUCGUCGAGGAGGAACUGCAGGGCAAACAGAAAGACAAAGAAGAUCUGGAAGAGGUUUCAACGGAGCUCGAACUGGCGGAUGAGGAUGAGCUUGUCCGCUACAAGGUCGGUGAUUCGUUCAUGUCGGUCCCUUUGUCCGAAGCUCAGGAAAUGCUCUCACUCGCCACCAAGCAGUUUGAUGAUGAGGUGUCACGGUUAGAGGAGAGUCUGCACGAGCUGAGAGAUGAGAUGAAGGGGCUGAAGGCUCAGCUUUACGCAAGGUUCGGCAAGUCUAUUAACCUAGACUGA